AUGAGCCCGGACUGGCCGGUGAAUGUGCCGCUGGCUGGCAAGCUGCUCCUCUCGGCCGCCGCCGCCGCAUUGCUGCUGCUGGCAUUGGUGUUUCGCUCGCGCAAGCGCCGAGCGCCUGCCGGCAUGGGCGCCCAAGCCGAGCCCGGCGCAGAGACGCGGCAGAGGCCAGCGGCUGCGCGGUACGGGGACAGGGACAGUGCUGGAGAGGCACCGCCGGGCCCCCGGCGCAGGCGGAUCGGAGGCGGCUGGGCAGAGCAAAGUCUACCGGCGGGCAAGGAGGAGGAGGAGGAGGAAGAGGAAGGAGAGCGAGGCAGGCAGCCAGUCUCCGAUCCGGGCGAGACGGCUCUGGCAGCUGGAGGUGAGCCGAGCCGGGCCGGCCUCGGGGAGCAGGAGGGCACGCGCGGGACGAUGCAGGCCCUCAGCGUCACCUCGGACCUGGGGCUGACGAUAACGGUGAGCAACGCGGGCUCGGACACCUCCUACUCCUUCUCCUCUGUUGCAAAGAUCCAAGUGGAGGAGAAUUACAUCACCAAGAGGCACGCCGGGGCCGGGCACGCAGCCCCCGCGGCCUCCGGCCUCAAAGGCAAAGUCUACGACUACUAUGUCCAAUCGAUCUCCCACUCGGUGUCCAAGAAGAGUUCUCGCCCCUAUGUCCACCCGGGUACCGCCCCGCUCCGCAGCUCGCAGCAGGGCCCCAAAGAUCUGCAGGGCUUUGAGGGCCAGCUCAGCACGUGCCGGUCCCAAGCAGUGUCUCCGGAUCCGGAGACGCCAGACAGCAGGAGAGCGUCAGUGCCCCUAGCUGACCCCGUCGCCUCUCCUGUUCUCCCGCCGCCGCUCGUGGCAAACUCUGCGGUUUCCCCCGGCGGAGGCACGGGAGCUAGGGUGGGCCCUUCCUUCGGCCGCAAGGACAGCGUCCUCCACAUCACGGAGAAUCCCGACCUCCAGGUGCGGAUGGACGGCUUCGGGGUGCCGACGCCGCCCGGCGAGGCCGCAGAGGCCGGCACGCCGCCGGCGAGCCCCCGUCGUGCAGCCCCACUGCCUCAGCCCCGGCUAGAGCUUGUGGCAGGCACCAGCUUCUUCCAAAUGCCACCGGAGCUCACCGCAGACGUCCACCUGGACCUGGGGAACUGCUAUGAAGUCCUCUGCAUGGCCAAGGCGCAGAAGCUGAGCCACCUCCAGGAGGCCGCCUACAAGGUCAUGAGUGACAACUACCUGCAGGUCCUGAGGAACCCCUCCAUUUACAGCUUCCUCAGCACCAGCGAGCAGGAGCUCAUCCUCCAGCGGAGGAUGAAGGGCAAGAAAUGCCUCGCUGUGGCGGACAUCAGCACCCAAGAGCCGGGCCUUCACGCCAGCAGGCUCUGCUACUACGAUGACGGAGGUGACCGCUGGCAUCAUCUCUGCCACGUGCCGCCAGAGGUGGUUUCCAGGGGGUGCGCCAUGUGCAGCAUGUUCAACUACCUCUUCGUGGUGGCCGGCUGCGAGGGCCUGGGCCGCGCGCAGCAGCCCUCCAACCGUGUCUUCUGCUACAACCCGCUGACCAACAUCUGGCGGGAGAUCUGCCCCUUGAACCAAGCGCGGCCCCACUGCAAGCUUGUGGCCCUGGACGGCUGCCUGUACGCCAUCGGCGGCGAGUGCCUCUACACGGUGGAGCGGUACGACCCGCAGCAGGACCACUGGGCCUUCACCGCCCCCCUGCCCAACGACACCUUCGCCGUGGCCCACACAGCCACGGUGUGUGACGGGGAGAUCUACGUGACGGGGGGCACCUUGCGCUACCUGCUGCUCCGCUAUGCCCCCCGCCAAGACAGCUGGAAGGUCGGCCUCACUGGCGGCAGCAAGGACCGGACCGCCGAGAUGGUCACCGCCAACGGCUUCGUCUACCGCUUCGACCUCAACCGCAGCAUGGGCAUCGGCGUCUACCGCUGCGGUACCAAGGCCAAGCUGUGGUACGUUGCCACCUACGCCAUGCCCUACCCGACCUGCUUCCAGUGCGCCGCCAUGGGCAGCCUGGUGCACUGCGUCGGCCGGCACUUCCACCUCCGCUUCCUGGCCGACACGGUGUCGCCGCGCUUCGGGGCCAAGGCACUGCGGCCCUUCCCAGCACCCCGCGGCAGCCUGCUGCCUGCCGUCCUGGCGCUGCCGCAGGCGGGCAGGGUGCAGACGCGGGUCUGAGGGCGCUGC